CGCCAGCCGUCGCCGACAGCGACUCGUCCGUCUCCGUCGCCUCUCGUGUUAUCUUUCCUCGCUCUCUCUCUCUCUCUCUCUCCCCUUUUCCUCAAAACACUCAUUCUUCCUCCAAGAAGUAAGGAGGAUAUCUUAUCAUCAUGGUUCGUGAGGAGCUCAUCGCGUCUGCUGUAACAGUCCUCCAGGAUCCAUCGGUAGCCUCCUCACCGAUUGAGAAAAGAGUCGCAUUUCUUCAGUCGAAAAACCUAACACAGGAGGAAGUUGAUCUCGCGCUUUCUCGGGCAGGUGAAGACCCGUCCGCAGCAGCAUCAGCCGUAACAACGUCUUCAUCGCAAGGACAUACUCCACAACAAGCCGCCUACCGGCCCCCUCCUCCACAAGGAUAUGGCUAUCCUCCGUAUCAAUGGCAGCCUCCACCGCCAGAGCCUCCAAAGAGAGACUGGCGUGAUUGGUUUAUUAUGGCCACAGUAAUGGGUGGUGUAGGGUAUGGUCUGUAUACUGUCGCCAAGCGAUAUGUCAGUCCUCUUGUUGCACCACCUACGCCUCCACAGCUUGAGCAGGAUAAAAAGAAUGUCGAUGAAGAGUUUGCCCGCGCGUUUACCCUGAUCGAGCAGCUCUCGACGGAUACCGCGGCGCUCAAGUCCGCUGAAGAAACACGCACAGAGCGCUUAGAUACUACACUGCGGGAUGUUGAGAGUUUGGUUGCAGACUUGAAGAACGCAUCGCGUCGGAGGGACGACGAAACCCGCCGUAUCAAUGACGAGGUCAAGACUUUGAAGGAUGCCAUUCCCAAGGCGCUUCAGGGCGCGCGCGAAGGCAACGAGCAGCGAUUGAAGGAGCUUGGCACAGAACUGAAGAGCCUGAAAGUGCUCCUGGGAAACCGCAUUGGUGGUGGUGCUGGCGGUGCUAGUUCUCCAGUUGCUGGAAGAACAGUAGGCACUAACCUACCUGUUGCAUCUCCCCGCCCAGCGGAGGAACAACCAACCACUCCUCCGACCACCAACGGCACGACAACCCCCGCUACUAGUGUACCUGAAUCGCAGCAGCUGCAACAGCCACAGCAGCCACAGCAGCCACAGCAACCCCUGACUGCUAAGAGCCCUAGUCCUCUUUCGCAACUUGGAAGGUCUGCUUCUAUUCCCGCCUGGCAGAUGGCGGCAGCGAAUCGGUCGAAGCCAUCUAACCCUGGAGCCACUGAAGAAGGUAAUACUGCCAGCAACAUUACCAACACCACUGAGCAGCAGUCGCAGCAAGAACAGAGUGCUCCGGCUAGCUAGAAGGCUUUGUAUUUCUGCACAUAUAAUCUUUUCUUUUUCAUUGGCGUAAUUUGUUCUAUUCUCAGUGUAUUUACAAGGCGAAGUAUGUAUGCAAUUGAGUCAUGAUAAUAAUUCCAUCAAUACACAUGUCCCUCGAA